AUGGAAAGCGGUUUGAAAAAGCUAUGGACCCGGCGAAAGAGCAAAGGGAAUGACGGGAGACAAGACACGGGAGUUGGCAGCUUGAGGAAGAGCCAGAGCACUGACCAUGCCCUCCGGUCACUCACUACAACCUCCCGCGCAAACCACGCCCGGAAUGCCUCGACCGACGCACAAUACAAGCCGAAUGGAAGCAACCGGGUCCAGCCAGCGUUGGCUGGAGCCGUCGCAAGGCCCUCGACUUCUUGGUCACGCCCAGGCACGGAUGGAAGCGGCAGCCUCAUGAAUGCCGUCAACCUGGCAGCUGACGCAGUUGUCAAAUCAGACCAGGAAUACCCACAACAUGCAGAUAGAUAUCCCAAAGACCAGGUACGACCUAAAACCCCUCGCUACGUCGACAUCUUCUCCCUCUCCAACCCGAGUAGCCCAAAGUCGAAGCCUGGCUACAAUGAAGAUGUGGCCGAACGGAAUCUAGAUUUGGCUCGAGUUGCUCUCGAAGGCACCCAUCAGUACGUAUCUUCGUCGAAAUUUCAAGAAGAAGUCGCCGCCAGGAAUGCCUAUCCGAGUCUCCCUGGGAGCGGUAGUAUCCACAGCUCUCCUUCUGCCCCUCAAAAUAGGUUUAAUGGCAGUCAAUCGACUAUUCCGUUGAAAGGAAUAAACAACCCACUGAACAGCUAUUCGCAUUCGCCUCAAAAGUCUGGGGAGCGACCUUUCUCGAGGCACAACCACCAUGUCCAUAGUUCGAUUGGAUCACACUCUCGACAUCAAAGUGACCGAUCUUGGGACUCUCAAGGACUGCUGCACGAAUUACCAGCCUCGAGACAUAGUAUCGAGGAUCCCCGUCAGACGCAAACAAUGACAAGCCCAACGACAACACUAGCAAGCAGUUCUCGCGACCCUAUGCUGGCCCACAGCCCACACACGGUUCCGACCAGCCAUCAAAGCAGGGGUUCCGGGGAAUUUCCCUCGCCUAUCUUCCCAAGUGGUGCUCUCAGCAACUACCAGCUUUCAGCCUCGGAAGUGACACAAGUGAAGUCCAAUGAACCAUUCCAACCGCACCAGCAGGGGGUUGUGACAUUCCCAGACCGCUCAACGGAAUCCCCAAGCUACAGUCAUUCAGUACGCUCGCCCUCAAACUUAAGCAACGCGUCUUCUGUGAAGCGAACGAUCAAUCUCCCCAAUCGAAAAAUCAUGGAUUUGACCGUAAAUGAUUCAGAGGUUUUCUCCGAGGAUACUCCACCAUCAAAUUACAGCUCUUCUCCUGUUCUAGAACAUGCGAAAGUCGAUACGACACGGAAAGUACAGGGAGCCACUAUAUCUGGUCCGUCCACCGAAGACGAGAGAACGGACACCACUCUGACUGAAACAACAAACCAUUCGCCUAUUGAAAUAGAACAGGCGGUGGUGAUUGAUAGUCCACAAUCUCGACCACCGCAGUCAGAGCCGCGUUCAGAAUUGCCCAGGUCAGAAUAUCCUCCUCGUUCUCAUUUUGCGAUUAGCUUUUCGCCCAUCACCACUAUUGUAUCUGCAUCGCCUCGCGCAAGUGUUGUUUUAGAACCGCCAAUCACUUCUGACCAGACAGGUCAAACUCAAGUGAGCCCUGAGCCGAUUGAAGUGCAAAAUAAACAGAACGAGAACAGAGUUGCUCUGCACUCAAAGCAGCCAGCUCCGCAAAACAAGCGGAACCCCGAUUACCAUUCAAGACACUACGUUAAAGAGGCUGAGAAACAGACCUCGAGGUCGAACAAAGGGGACGAGAACAGAAAUCUUGAUGCAGGCGAGAUCGGGAAGGCCGUCGAACAUAUGGUACAAGAGCCGUCGGCGACUGCAUCAUUCGAACCUGACCACGAUCUCGACCCGUUACCAUCACCUCGUGCAUACAUUCACAAAACCCCAGAAAGUCUAAACUCGACUGGAAUGGGUGAUCCGGUUCGUCCUCCCAGUGUGAGCACUAGGGAAUUUGCAAACACUCCUGGCAGAUCAAUGCUGACAAGUGUCCCCGAAGAAGUAGAAGUCAAGAGCAACGGCCACGCCAUGCCGCCAACAGAGCUUAUGACUGAGACGUGGUCGGGGAGCAGUAACCUGUAUAUUGAUAGUGACCCUACCAAGGAGCGACUUCGCUCUGCUCUAGGCUACCAGUCAACAUUUGACGAGAGAGAAUAUGCCCAAAAGCAAGCUGAAGCUCGUGCAGCUCUCAUUCGGCUCCAGCAUAGUUUGAACGAGAAUUUCCUCACCCAGCCAACUCCUGUGCCAGAUUCGCCCUCAACCAGACAUGGGUCUUCGAAACAUGCCUAUUCCUUCAGCGACGGGAAACCAGCCGCGCCGUCAUCUAUCUUUUCACAGGUCAGACACUCACCCACCCCGACAGAUGCGAUGGGCGAGGCUGACAGACGGCUUGAGGACGGUAGAAGCCCGACUUCUCAUCAUCAAUGGACGACGGUGUCGCACGAAAGGGAAGGUGGAAAAGCUCGGAGAAAGAAAUCAACCCGUAACACCGUCCAAACCGACGUGGGUCGGGGGAAAGCAAAGGAGAAGCAGAGAGCGGAGGCCGAUCUGAAUGGACCUGGUCCGUCCAUCAUCAAUGACCUAGAGAGUCCAAAGCAUCCUCUACACUUGCCACCACCCCUUCGCCUCAAUGGACAUCCUAUCCACCACAAUCUACAAUAUCAGCCACCAAGUCCAGGCGAGGUUUCUUUAUCGAACUUUCCAAUACCUGUCUCCUCUCCGCGUCAAUCGAUUAUUCGACCGCCCAUGACUGAAGAUACGGACAGGCAACAGACCCCGACGCCGACCCAGCAGCACACGCCUCAGCAACAGCUCCCCGGCAGUGUCACUGGAAUGAAAGAACGCAUCUUGCGCCGGCAGGCCAGCCAACGAAGCCAGGCAAGCAACAGCUCGGCAUACAGUAUUCCCUUUCACAUGAUUCCCGAUCGAUCGAGUAGCAUACGAGAUUGA